AUGAAAAAACACAAUCAUUCAAGCUUGGUUGAAUUUGUGCUCCUUGGUUUCCCUGAAGGAGGACCUGUCACAGGCUGGCUUUUUGUCCUGUUGUUGGUGGCAUACCUGUUCACUGUCUGUGGCAACAUGCUCAUCUUCUUAGUCAUACGAUUAGAUGUAGCCCUACAUACACCCAUGUACCAUUUUAUCAGUAUUCUCUCCUUCUUGGAGCUCUGGUAUACAGCUACCAUAAUCCCGAAGAUGCUAGCUAAUCUUCUCAGUGAGAAGAAGACCAUAUCUUUUGCAGGAUGCCUCCUUCAGACCUACUUCUUCCACUCCCUAGGAGCCUCUGAAUGCUACCUUCUUACAGCCAUGGCCUAUGACCGAUACCUGGCUAUCUGCCGGCCCCUCCACUACCCUGCAAUUAUGACCCCAACACUCUGUGUGAAGAUAGCUGCUGGUUGUUGGACUUGUGGUUUCCUGUGUCCCAUUUCUGAAGUCAUCCUGGUCUCCCAGCUCCUUUUCUGUGGCUACAAUGAAAUUGAACACAUCUUCUGUGACUUUCCACCUCUGCUGACCCUGGCCUGCAAAGACACAACCACUAAUGUCCUGGUGGACUUUACCAUCAAUGCCUUUAUUAUCCUUAUUACCUUCCUUUUUAUUAUAGUUUCUUAUGGAAGAAUCAUUUGGACCAUACUGAAAAUGAAAACAACAGCAGGAAGAAAGAAAGCCUUUUCUACAUGUGGCUCACAUCUCAUUGUGAUCCUCAUCUUCUUUGGGAGCAUUAUCUUCAUGUAUGUGCGGUUAAAGAAGAGCUAUUCACUGCCCAUUGAUCGGACACUUGCUGUAAUCUACUCUGUAUUAACACCACUAGUCAACCCCAUUAUCUACAGUCUCCGUAACAAGGAACUCAUUAAGUCCAUUAAGAGAAUCAUCUUCCAGAAAGGGAAGAGAGUUAGUGCAACUCACCAUUGA